CCGAUCGGUGAGUGCACUCUCUGUCACUGUUGUUGUGUAUCGUUCAACAUCUCACGAGAAAAAUGGCUGCUAGAUUCUUGUGGGCUUCUAGAGUUGCUUCUCAUCUAAGGAUCUCUGUUGCCCAACGAGGGUUCUCUUCUGUGGUUUUGAAGGAUUUGAAAUAUGCUGAAUCACAUGAAUGGGUGAAGAUUAAUGGGAACAAAGCAACCUUUGGUAUAACGGAUCACGCGCAGGACCACUUGGGUGAUGUGGUCUACGUGGAGUUACCUGAUUUGGGACGUUCCGUGUCACAAGGUGAGAGUUUUGGCGCGGUUGAGAGUGUGAAAGCAACUAGUGAUAUCAAUUCUCCAAUCUCUGGUACUGUGGUUGAAGUCAAUGAGGUGCUGACCGAGUCCCCUGGAUUGGUGAAUACAAGCCCAUAUGAAGAGGGAUGGAUCAUAAAGGUGGAGUUGAGUGAUGCAUGCGAGGCACAGAAGCUGAUGGAUUCAGACAAGUAUUCGAAGUUCUGCCAAGAAGAAGAUGCCAAGCACUGAGCAACAUAGAUUGUUGUUUUCUCAAGCGAAAUAUUGAUCUAUGUAGAUGGAUGAAUCAAGAAAAUUCUGAAGAUUUGGAUUUUGUUUUCUUUUUAAGUUCUUUUUUACUUGAUUGUUUGAAUAAUGGUAAAGAAAAUAAGGUUUGGAUUUUAGAUUGA